AUGACCAAAGGUUUAACGCCAUUGCCACAAACCUUGACCCGAUCAUCUGACUCAGAGAACAAAUGUCUCCAACACCUACGAUUUAUAACUCAAAAUGGAAAUACGGAAGCCAAUUUCAAACUUUCUCAGGUCGUAAAAUAUAAGAAAUGUUCUCCGAUGGUGAUAGCUAGUCUGGCAUCUAGAAAUGAGAUUUCGCUUACUGGUAAGUACCGGGGUUUUCUCUCGCCGGGAAAGACUGGAUCAAUCAACGUGAUUGUGGACAAGCCUAUACAAUUAAAUGAUGUGUUGGAUGAUGGAGAUGCUAUCUUGGGCUCUGACGCAGAAACUAGAGGGCAGGCAGUGGCAUUGUUUCAAGGGAACUUGCAUUUGUUUGAAAGGGGUCCAAAGAAAACUUGGUAUCCAAAGACGACUCUUCUACCGACAAUGGAAAAUGGAAAAUUGAUUGCUCAAUUCUUUGACCACCACUUCAAGAUUGGCCAAGAAGUAUAUGAAUACAUUGAUACCAUUCAAACAAACUUCGGACCUCACAUACUUCACAACACGUGGAAGAAGACACCCGUUAUCCCAAAAGAGGUCGAACCAAAGAUAAUGAUACCUCUCUAUCGGAAGUUUAGGAUUCCUCUUUUAUCACUUGUAAGUGGAGUUAUAGCUGAACAGCAAAAUCCGCUUUCCGAGGAAGAAUGA